UCUUUUUUAGCUUCAGAUAUUGGCCUCUGAGGUGCCGACACCGGGAAAGAGCAUAUGGCACGGAAGCCGCCACCCGAGCCUGCCUCGGUUCCCCGCAGGCUCCGGCCGCUGAUCGUCGUGGAGAAUCCGAAGCCGAAGCCAGGAUCCCGUUGCGCCGAGGCGUCCGGAGAAACGGCGGCGGAGUGCGCAGCCAUCUUCUGCUGCUGCCCCUGCGGCCUGGCGAAACUCCUAGUUUUCGCGGUAAUCAAGCUGCCGGAGGGGCUCGUACGGAAGGCCCUGCGACGGAGGAGGAAGCGGAAGAAGAAAGCCACCGGGAUCUGGCGGCCCAAAUACGGCGCCUUGGACGAUGACGACGACUUCAGCGUUCACGGAGGGUUCCUUUUGGCGGCGGCAGGGGCCGAGGAGGCGUGGCCCGCGAAGACGCCGUCUCAGGAGCUGCUGGAGUUGGAGAAGGAGAUGCGGGCGAAGUUUUACGGCGCCGGAUUUUGGCGAAGCGGUUCGCAGAAGGAGUAGAGGCAGCCCUCUUGGCAUUCCGGUGAGAAGGGAAAUGGCUUUUCUCGUGGUAGAAGAGAGGAGAGGUGGUCCAAAGUGGGAUCUUUUCCACUGCUCUGCUGCUGCUUCGGAUUGCUCAGUUGCAUUCCGACGAGCGAUUUCGUCGAGGACUAAUAUUUUGCCGUGGUGGACAAGUUGACUCAUCAACACAUAAGUAAUCUGCGUCUCAAAUCGUCGAUGGUUGGAUGCCAAUUAUACUUUACAAUCCUUGGUUUUGGUUUAGAUGUUUUCUUCUGGAGGAAUUAUGCAUGGGUGAGAGGUGGUCUAUUCAGAUUCUUGUAGUAUGAAAAUAAUUUCGAAUACACAUUUCCAUAAAGUUCGAUAAAUGUUUGGUAUGGAAUGUUCUUUGAAGUUCUCGAAUGAAUAUAGAAUCGAUUUGGCAAAAAAUAUGAUACACUGUAAUUAAUU